GGGUGAGGGGGGGGGGGCACCGGUCUGACGGGACACGCUUUGCCUAUCUGAGGGGCUGCACCCAAAUGAGAGGCCAGGACGUAGUCGGCGCCCGGAGGUCCCCCCACAGAGCAGCUCGGAGACGUCUGCAGAGAGGUUCAACAUGUCCGUCCCGAGGCAGCGAUGGUCGCUGGCGCUGCUCGCCGUCUGGUCGCUCUCGUCCGCCGUGCUCGCCACCGUGGUGCAGGACUUCAACCACGUGGAGCGCUGCAAGGAUUCGCUGUACAUGGGCACCCCCCCGCGCGGCCUCACGGAGAACCGCCUGAAGAGGAUCUGCCAGCGCUAUGGCGACCGGCCACGCUACGUCACGCUGUACGACCCGGCCAAGCGCAUCCCCGUGUACUCGGCCUACAGCUUCAAGAAGACCGAGGGCGACCGCCGGGUGGACUUCGCCUGGAUGUACGAGCCCCAGCUGGCUGAGCUGGACGGCAGUGGCAACAUGCUGCCCUUCCCGACUGGCUACCUGCACAUGAAGUUCGAGGACAGCCAGGCGGUGCUGGACGACUACUCCGACGUGGUGCUGUACGAGCGGGGGCAGCUCAACCCGGACCAGCACCAGUCGGACCUCAAUGACCGCGCCGCCACCUACACCCUCACCAACGUGGUGCCGCAGAUCCGCGAGUUCAAUGUGGGCCCCUGGCAGGAGCACCAGGAGCGCAUCCGCCUGCGCCUCAACAACUUCUGCCGCGGCCACGCCUUCGUGGUGACGGGGGUCACCACCAAGGGCAACACCAUCCGGCGCAACAACCAGGACCGCCUCAUGAUCCCCGAGGACCUGUGGUCCGCCUACUGCUGCACCGACUACGACCGCAACGCGCCCCACGACGUGCGCGUGCGGUUCCCGUCGCAGGCGUCACUGGCCAAGAACGCCAAGGAGGGGAACACGGUGCGGGAGAUGACGGUGCAGGACCUGGAGAGCUUCCUGAAGACCAACAUGGAUGUGGACCUCAACCUGCAGAUCUUCUACGACAACUGCGUGUCGCCGUCCUCGCUGCCCGCCUCGCUGAACCACGUCAUCUGAGGCCGCACGCGAAGACGCACACGCACAUACACGCACACACACAUGCGCACGUAGCCACAGGCACACACACACACACACAUGCGCACGUACACAAAGGCUCAUACACAUCUACCACUGCUCCUCAUCUUGUUGUGUUGUUGUUGUGUUGGUGUUGUGUUGUUGUGAUGUGCGUCUACAGCCCGCUGAGUUGGUAUAUAACUUAA